CAGUCCUGGUCUAAGCCCGAGAAAAUCUACUCCAAUAUUCUUUCACUCUUCAAAGAGGUAAAAAAAAAAAGCAACCUCUAAUCCCAAUUACAGAUGGCUUCCUCUCUUCCGCGCCCUAAACGGGUGGGUGAAGACUUUACGCGCACCCACCACGCAGAGGAGGACUAUGAGAACGGCCCCUCCAAGAAGCCUCGAUUUGACAUCCGGAACCCCUCUACUCUCGCCCCUGAUGCGCUCGAUGACGAUGCGAUCCUAGAUGCUGAUGAGAUCGGGCGGCGAGGGCAACAAGUGCGCCGCAAAGCCGUCAAUAUUGAUGGCUACGAGUCGGACAGUGACAAUGAAGGAUUUGAUGGGCGAGCUUCAGCCAAGGCGAAGCAAAACCAAGCUACACAGGAAGCAGACGACGAUAUGUUUGCAGAGCUAGAGGCAGACUUUGGGGCCGGGGAAGUGGAUGGCGAUGAAGCGAUACACAAAAACAAGAAAGCUGUGCGAUUCCUAAGAGAUGAUGAAAUCGAAGGGCAGGUCGCGUCGUCAAAAAGCGGACGCACAUUGCGCGCAGAUCUAAGCCAAGGCGCCGAUGCUGUUGAGGUUGACGAGGAAGACGAGGAAGACGAGGAAGACAGUGGCAGUGAUGUCGCAGACGAAGAUCGUGCCAGGCUUGAGACAGGCAUGGAUGAAGAGCUAGGCGCUGGGGCCAAGAAAAAACACGCCCCUUUGCUGGAUGCGUUCAACAUGCGAACUGAGCAGGAGGAAGGUCGGUUUGAUGAUCAAGGAAAUUAUGUACGGAAAGCAGUUGACCCCGAUGCGGUCUAUGAUUCAUGGCUUGAAGGGGUGUCUAAGAAGGACAUUCGCCGGGCAAAGGAAGCGGCUGACAAGAGGGAGGCUGUAAGGAAAGAACAGGACCGUUUGAAUGAUAGUGUUUUGACAGCAGAUGCUUUGAAGACCCUUAUAACCCACCUGCAACGCGGCGAAACAGCACUAGAUGCGCUUGGGAGGAUAGGAAAGGGCGACUCCAAGAAGCCCAAAUGGCAGGCCAAGCGAAACAAGAACCGGCCUAAGGGCAACUCAGAAGACACUGAAAUGGCAGAAGAUGAUCCAAAAGAGGCCGCUCGCAAAGAGGCAAUCGACGCUCUUACGGGGGCUGCUGAUAUCCUUAUGGCAAGAGGACAGCCAGAAAUCUACGAUACUGAACGCGAAAUUCUUACCAGACAAUACCGACGUGAGACAGGUGAAGACUGGGUUGACCCUCCGCAGCAUACGGACCCCGUUACUGCGGACAAUGGCCCGACAAUGUGGGAAUACCGCUGGUCUGAUGCCCGUGACGGUGGCGCUGUGCAUGGCCCUUACGACAAAUUGACCAUGGAAUCUUGGAACAAUGCGGGAUAUUUUGGCGAAGGGGUUGAAUUUCGACGAGUCUCCGAUACAGGUGAAUGGAGUGCACAGGUCACUUUUGUAUAAUAAUCAUUUUAGUAUGGACUUUUACGUGUAUAGAAUUUGAGAUACCAUAAGGUGGGAAGUAUUAAUAUCUUCAUUAUCAUUCAGAGCUAGCAUUUCUUUUGGUAGAAUUCAACUUAAAACCCAAAUAUCAAAAUACCAUAU